AUGGCAGAGGCUGCACCACUUCCUCUUAAAAAAGGGCAAACAGAGGCUGCACCGCUUCCUCUUAAAACAAGUCAGGCAGAGGCUGCACAGCUCCCUCUUAAAACAAGUCGAGCCGAGGUUUUGCGGCUUCCUCGUAAAAAAAUGGCUGAAAACAAAAAUUCUGACAAAAAUUCUGACAAAAAUUCUGACAAAAAUUCUGACAAAAACUCUGCUUCAAGCUCUGCUUCAAACUCUGUCAAAAACCCAGUCAAAAACCCAGUCAAAAACCCGUCAAAAACCCAGUUACCUCCACAGAACUCUGAACAAAACUUUAAAAUGUACAGAACUUUACAUGAAAAUGCUUUGAAUACUUUACCUGCAUGUGUUGAAUUUCUACAGAAACCAUUACUGAAAGGUUCCUUUCAUCAAGGUGAUGCCCGCUUUGGAAAUUCACGUGGCAGACAGUGUGGUGCCAUCAGUCUGAUAGCAGUGUUGAUGAGCAAGAUGAAGAACGUGUUGACCUGGACAACACAAGAUCUCAAUGGUGUAUUGGUUGCAGGAACACGCCUUUAUGAAUCUUUACGAAACCAGGGUAACAUAAAUGACCGGGAAGUCAUGGGUAGGCAUUACAUUGCUGUCCAUGAAUUACCAAGGAGACAUGUGCUGGGUAAUACUGUCUUUUCCAUAGAAUAUGCAGAGUCUCUCACUGGAUUUGUUAAUGUUGAUGACUAUGAUGAAUCCUUAAGGAAUGUGGCCAUGCCAGUUGAUGUAGCUCUUCAGCGAGCUCUAUUGAGUGCUGAUGCUUUCCUUUUAUGUAUUUGUGCCAACACAUGUGCAGUUAUUAAGGAGGGCUCAUGGUAUGCCUUUGUUGAUUCUCAUGCUAACAUGACCGAGACAAGUUGUGUUGCUUAUCACAGCACCAUAGAAUCUUUGUAUAACUACAUUAAUGAGAUGGCACAGUCAUUUGGGGUAAUUGCGCCACGAUUUGAGAUAACUGGAGUUUUUGCCCAUGCAGAUGCUGAAGUUUCUCACUUGCUGGAGGCAGACCGCAGCAGUUUUCCAGGAUCUUCUGGUAAAGCACUUUACAGUGAAGUUCUAAAACGCAAACCUAAGGUAUGUAAAUCUGUGAUGACUGAGGUAAGGUCAUCUGUCUUUCAAUCACCUGAGGCUGAAGUUCAAAAUACAUGCACUGAUGUUCCCGUGCCACAACCAGUGUGUAAUGCUUUGCCGAGUAAAGGAAAAAGGGGGAGAAGUAAAAAUCAGGAUGAACUAUCAGAGAAAUGGGUUACGAAGUCCCACUCGCUGGAGGCAGACCACAGCAGUUGUCCAUGGUCCUCUGGUAAAGCACUUUACAGCGAAGUCUUAAAACGCACACCCAAGGUAUGCAAAUUUGUGACCACUGAGGUAAGAUCAUCUGACUGUCAAUUACCUAAGGUUGAAGUUCAAAAUACAAGCAGCACAAACCUUUCAAUGUCGCAACCAGUGUGUAAUGUGUUGCCAAGUAAAGGAAAAAGGGGGAGAAGAAAAAAGCAGGAUGAGCAGGUCUCUGAGAAACGGGUUAAAAAAUCUCAUGUUGAAAAUGUUGUAGUAGAAGACAUAAUUAUUACUGAUGUUUCAAUUCCAGAAGUAUUUUUUUCUCCAUUGACUCAUAGAGAUCAGCAAGCUUUAUGUGAACUCUUGCUUCUGACAAAUGAUAACAGUGACUGUGAUGUUACAACAAACUUUGGUCCCAUUGCAGGUCCGUGUCAGACAAAGAGUAUCAAACCAGAUGGUAACUGCUUUUUCAGAUCAUUGGCAUAUGCAAUUUGUGGAAGUGAGGACAAGCAUUUGAAGAUUCGCCGUGCAGUUGUCAAACACCUGAAAAUGAACGCUUCAGAAUUUGAGAGGUAUGUGAGAAGUGAGUAUACUUCAGUAGAGGACUACUUGAGACAAUCUAGAGUCUAUUAUUCUGGGUCAUGGGUCACUGAAAUUGACAUAUUUGCUUCUGCUGAUCUAUUUAAAACAACCAUAAUGACUUUUAAUGAUGGCCGGUGGAAUGCACACAAACCUACUGGAGAGGUAAUUGCAAACAAUGCAAUAUAUUUGAAAAACUGUAAUGGUAAUCAUUAUGAAGUUGUGACAUGUGUCAAGCACAGAGGUCAAGACAUUUGCGCAGGAAAGUGUGGGAAUGCUAUUUCAAAUGAGGUGAGAAUGCCAUGUCUGCGUAAAAGGAAGGUAAGCGACGCUGCAGAAUGUGACCAAGAGACCAAGAGACAGAAAAAAUGGAAGUAUGAGAAGUCCAAGUAUGAUAAUGACAUUGAUUUCAGACAGAAUAAAAUUGACUAUGCCAAAACAAAAUACUCUAGUGAUAAAGAUUAUAGACAGAAAAAAAUGAAAGUUCUUCGUGAUAAAUAUUUAAAAGAUUGUCAUGUUUGUUUGUUUAAGCGUGAACGUUCUAAGGCCAAGUAUUCAAGCAAUAUUCAGUUUCAGAAGCGUGUUUGCCAGUAUUCUCGAAUGAAAUAUAAAAAUAAUGUCUCAUUUCAGGCAACUGUACGCGAGUAUUCCAAGAAGAAAUAUCUUCAAAACCUGGCCUUUAACACAAGAGUGCGUGAGUAUUCCAAGAAGAAAUAUGUUCAGAACUUGGUCUUUAAAGCAAGACUGCGUGAGUAUUCCAAGAAGAAAUAUCUUCAAAACCUGGACUUUAAAGUAAGAGUGCGUGAGUAUUCUAAGACAAAAUAUCACAAAGAUGUAAACUUUCAUUUCAGUAAAAUACAAAAAGGCUGUGAGGUAUAUGCAAAAAAAAGGGAAAAACAGAAAGACAUUGGUGUUGCCAUUGCUGGUUUUCGUCAAGAAGUGAGUAGAGGUCCAGAGUUUGUGUGCUGUGUUUGUCACCGUUUACUUUUCAGAAAGCAGGUUACUGAAUGCAAACCAGAAUGCUAUGAAGACAAAGGAGACAAAAUUGCUGCUUUGGCAAGAAGAUGCAUCACCCUGAGGUAUGUGCAUGUUUGUGAUGAAAAAUGUCAUAAUACUUCUGGUUUUUCUCCAAGGUGCAAAUUGUGGAUUUGUCCAACCUGUCAUCGAAAAAUCAUCAGUGGAAAACUGCCUGAAGAGAGUGUUGCUAACAAUAUGCAUUUGGUGGACAUUCCAAAUCAACUAAAGUGUCUUAACUCUUUGGAACAACAUCUUGUGGCACGUAAUAUUCCUUUUUUGAAGUUACUCUGUCUUCCCCGUGGAAAACAAAAUGGCUGCCAUGGACCGGUGGUGUGUGUUCCUGUAAAUACUGCAGAUGUGUCAAAUAUUCUUCCACGAAAUGAAUGUGAUGACAAGAUGAUAAGGAUAAAACUGAAGCGCAAGUUAACCUACAAAGGGCAUUAUGAGUACAAGCAUGUUCACACUGAUCGUGUUAGAAAUGCUCUGCGACGUUUGAUCAGGUGCAAUAAAUGGUACAAGGAUGUGGAGAUUAAUGAACAAUGGAUCAACUCUUUGAAUGAACCAGAAGAGAAUGUUGCUGAAGAAAUGGAGGAACAAGCUGAAGUUGAAAAGAGUGAAGAGGAAAAUUAUACUGAAGAACAGCCAGAGGAAGACUUGACUUACAUCAAAGAGCAGAGUGGUCUUUUGUCAGACACAUGUUUACAACCUGUCGAUCUUGGUUCAGAAGUAAUUGAUCAGCACUUUCAAGAUGUAUUAAAUGUGGCACCAGCUGAAGGUAACAGUCCUGUUAAAUUACUGUCUGAUAAAAGCAAUGAAGCAAAAUGUUUUCCUGUUCUCUUUCCAACUGGUGGUCCAACAUUCCAUGAUGAGAGAGAAAGAAAGAUCACACUGUCACGAUACUUGAAUGCAAGAAUCCUCAACGCAGAUGGACGUUUUGCACGGAGUACAGACUUUAUUUUCUAUGCACAAUACAUGUCGGAGUUGGAUCAAAUUGUAUCUAAUGUUUCUAUUGCUUUGCGAAAAGGGUCGGACAAGAGGUUGUUGCAAGGAGUAACCUCGGAUAUGCUGACAAACCCAGAGUCGUUAGCUAAAAUAUUGAAUUAUGAUGAAGGAUACAAAUUUUUGAGACCAGUCCGUGGAACGCCACCCUAUUGGCAAUCGACUCAAAAAGACCUUUUUGCUCUCAUAAGACAACUAGGUAUUCCAACUUUCUUUGCAUCCUUUAGCUCUGCUGAUCUCAGAUGGCCUGAAAUGAUCAACACCAUCCUGGAGCAAGAACAGAAAAAUGUCAGUGUUGAUGAGCUUGACUGGUCUGAGAAAUGUGGACUAAUUCGACGAAACCCAGUCACUGCUGCAAGGAUGUUUGAUUAUAGAUGGCAUUGUUUUUUGAAGGAUGUCAUUAUGUCACCUGCUCAACCUAUUGGAAAGAUCAAAGACUACUUCUAUCGUGUAGAGUUUCAACAGCGUGGAUCUCCUCAUGUUCAUUGUCUGUUUUGGGUUGAAAAUGCUCCAAAGUUAAAUGAAGACAACGAAGACAGUGAUGCUUUGGUUGCUGCUUUCAUAGAUCAUUAUAUCACUUGUGAGACACCAGGAGAUGAUGACGCAGAACUUUAUGAGACUGUGAACAGUGUUCAAAAGCACAGCAGAAGACAUUCCAAGACAUGCCGGAAGAAAAACACAGUGUGUAGAUUUAAUUUUCCACGGCCUCCAUCUAGCCGCACCUUUAUAACAAGAGCUGUACGAGAUGACUUGAAAGGCAAUGAUGGAAAUGAGACUGCAAGUGCAAUUCUGAAGAAAAUCAAAACUGCGUUAACAGAAUCUGAAGUCAAUUUUGAUUCAACAGAUGCCUUUUUCCAAUCCAUUGGAAUUAAUCAAGCUGUGUUUGAGAAGGCGUACAAGAAAUGUUCUAAAAAGAAAAGUGUCGUCUUGAAACGAAGUCCAAAAGAUGUUUGGGUAAAUCAAUAUAACCCUCAUUUAUUGCGUGCAUGGCAAGGCAACAUGGAUAUCCAGUAUGUCACAGAUGCUUACUCUGUAGUGGUUUAUAUUAUUAGUUACAUCACAAAAGCAGAACAAGAAAUGGGACUGUUGUUGCAACGUGCACAAAAUGAAGCUAUGAAUGGAAAUCUUGAAGCAAGAUCAUCAUUAAAAAUGUUGGGAAGUGUAUAUCUACACAACAGAGAAGUUUCAGCACAAGAGGCAGUGUAUCGCCUAACAGGUAUGCACUUGAAAGAAUGCUCUCGCAAAGUCCAAUUUAUUCCAAUUGGAACUGAUCCUGUGAAGAUGAGUUUGCCUUUGCGUGUUCUCCAAAACAAAGAUGACCAUUCUGGUGAAGAGAAUUUUUGGAUGAAUAGUUUGGUUGACCGAUACAAGAGUAGACCAAAAACAGAACAUUUUGAGAUUCUGUGUCUGGGCAGUUUUUGUUCAGAAUACAGGAUAUUGUCAACAUCUGAGCUAUCUUCACAAAACAAAGAAAAUGUGAUCAAGCUUGACAACAAUUGUGGUUAUAUGAUAAGAAGAACUCGAACUGAACCUGCAGUAAUAAGGUAUCCAAGAUUUUCACCAACAAAAGAUCCUGAGAAGUACUAUCAUUCACUGCUACAACUUUUUUUACCACAUUAUGAAGAUUACCAGCUGAAGCCUGAGAAGUUCCACACUUAUGAGGAUUUCUACAACAAUGGUGCUGUGAAAUGUGGAAGUAAUGUGACUGAAGUAAAAUCUAUUGUUGAUUCUAAUCGAGCACUGUUUGAAAAGGACAGCGAUGAAAUGGACCGAGCUCAACAGGUUUUGGAGCUGGGUGUUGAUUUGGAAGAUGCUUGGGCUGCAUUGUGUCCUGAAACAGAGAAGGAGCGCCAUGAAUGUAUCGAGCUAAAGAAGAAUAACGUACUUCCUGAAGAAGAUGAUUCUGACACACUUAUUCCAGAUCUUGUAGCGAACCCUCGAACUGCAUUCACAAUUGAGAACAGUAAUGCUACAAUGUCUCGAGAUGAAGCAUUGGGUUUACUAAGAUCAUUAAAUGCUAAACAGUCUGCAAUAUUUUACAAAGUUCGCGACUGGUGUUUACAAAAACUGCAUGGAGAAAAUCCUGAACCGUUUCGCUUGUUUGUUACUGGUGGAGCAGGCACAGGAAAAAGCCAUUUAAUCAAAGCAAUAUGCUAUGAAUCUUCUAGACUCUUGUCUCAGCUGUCUGACAACCCUGAUGAGCGGAGUGUGAUUUUAUGUGCAUCAACUGGAGUAGCUGCAUACAACAUUGGCGCUGCUACCAUACACCACACUUUUUCAAUUGGUGCUAAUGUCAAACUGCCAUAUCAACCACUAAGUGAUGACAAAAUCAAUUCUCUGCGUUCCAAACUUGGAUGUUUGCAGAUUUUGAUUAUUGAUGAAGUAUCCAUGGUUGACCAUCACCUUUUGUCAUAUGUUCAUGGGAGAUUGAGACAAAUCAAACAAACUGGUGAUUACUCCCUCUUUGGAAAAGUAAGUCUUGUAGCUGUAGGAGAUUUUUAUCAGCUGCCGCCUGUCAAAGGAACUCCACUCUAUGCUGAUACAAAAGGAGUGAACCUUUGGGAAAACCACUUUGAAAUUGCUGAAUUAACUGAAGUUGUUCGGCAACAAGAUGUAACUUUUGCUGAAACCUUAAAUCGUCUGAGAGUUCGUAAAAAGAAUGAACCUCUGAGCUCAGGUGACAUCAACAUGUUGAAGCAACGUGAAACAGGAGAAGAAUGCGGUGAUGUUCAUAUAUUUCCUACAAAUAAAGAGGUUGAUGAAUACAAUAUUCAGAGACUAAAUGAGGUUUGUCCUGAGGCAAUCAGUAUUCGAGCUCAAGACUUUGAGAGAAAUCCAAAAACUGGAAGGAUUGAAAAAAAAGUUGGAUUUCAUUUAACCGUUUUCAACUCCUGUUUGGCUAAAUGUGUUUCCUUGGGUGUUGGAGCAAGAGUUAUGUUAAAGAAAAAUAUUAAUGUUUCGGAUGGACUUGUUAAUGGAGCCUUUGGUACAGUUGUCCAUAUUAGCAGAAGUCAAAAACAGGACGAUGAUUAUGAUGAUGACUUUCCAUCAGCCAUUCAUGUGGAAUUUGAUGAUCCAAAUGUGGGAAAAAUUCAGAGAUCAAACCAACGACAUAGAUUUUCCCAAAAUUCUACAGUAAUUGAAGUUCAAGAAGAUCAAGUCACAACCAACGGUGGAUUAAGGCGCCAAUUUCCACUUAGACUGGCAUGGGCAUGCACUGUUCACAAAGUCCAAGGGCUCACAGUAGAUAAAGCUGUCGUAUCCCUUGACAAGAUCUUUACUUCAGGACAAGCAUAUGUUGCAUUGAGUCGUGUGAGAACUCUCAAUGGACUAAUUAUUCAAAACUUCAAGGAGUCUGUAAUAUACUGUAAUGAUCAAAUUGACUUGGCAAUGAAAAAUAUACCAAAAUUUCCAUUAGAAAGUCACACUUUCUCAAAGACACCUGGUAUAUUUACAAUUGCUCUUCAGAAUGUGCAAAGUCUUCAAGCUCAUGUUCAAGAUAUUCAAGCUCACAGACAACUUAUGAAUGCAGAUUGUAUUUGUUUAACUGAAACAUGGCUACAAGUUGAAGACCAAGUACAAAUACCAGGAUUUAUUUUCAAGCAUAAUCCAAGAGCUAAGUGCUAUGACAACAGCACUCCCCUUUUCAGUAAUUUAAAACAACAGCGAGGAGGUGGGGUUGCUAUCUACUGUUGUGAAAACAUGUUUUUUAAAGUCAUCAUUCCAGAACCUUGCAAUUUGGAAUGUUUGUACUUCUCAGUUCCACAUAUCAGUUUGAAUGCUGCUCUGCUGUACAGGCCUAAUUCAUAUCAAAUUGAUGUGUUUCGACAAAAUCUGUUACAUGUCAUUACUGAGCUGGAAAAACAUCCAGGAAACAAAGUAAUUAUGGGAGACUUCAAUGAGGACAUCUUAACAUCAUCUUCAAUUGGGACACUAAUGGAAGUCCAUGGAUACAGUCAACAUGUGCAAUGUCCUACAACUGAAAAGGGUACGUUAAUAGACCAUGUCUAUAUUAAAGAUGCAGAAAAUGUUACAAUUGAAAUUGUUUCAACUUACUAUAGUUACCAUGAAGCAAUACUAGUUUCAGUAAGGUAAUUGACAUUUCUGACACAUAAUGAAGACUGUAUAACUGCAUUUUUCUUUUCUGUGCCCCUACCCUGCUACAAUUAAUCUGAGAUUGAGGUCCAUGAAGGUCUGUUCAAGUUCACAAGUGAAAACGAUUCCAAGGUCUAUACAGUCCUGACCAUU